CUCGGAGCCCUACUCCAGUCAAUCCUCACGGUCGAAAAGGCGACAAAUUGGACCAGUUAUGUGUUGUUCGUUUGCCACGUUACGUAUAAAGAGCUUUUAAUAGUCGAUGUGUUUAUAAAAAUGAGUUACGCCACCAAUGUUUCGGCGCACGGACAGCUGACGUAUUUUAGGAACAUGGCGACUCCGGCUUGCCGUACGAGGUCAGGUGACGCCGACGUCACCGGGAAAGCCGUCAACUUGCUAGCCGUAUUAACAGUAAGUUAUUGGAACAAGAACCAUCAACUUUAUCGGUGUUUUUAAAGUGCGGUUUGUCAGCCGAGUGUCGUGUGCCCGAAGCCGGAGCGGAGCCCGGAAGACUAGGGAGCGUCUGCGGCCGUGUGGCAGGGAGCAGCCCCGAGGAGGUGGGGACAAAAAGUAGCCAGACCUCGCCUCGCCCAGCCAUUGCUUCAUUCCGACGGGCGGCUACGACCAGCACCCCAGGUUCACGUCGUAGGUGGCUUCUGACACGGCUUGUGUCAAUAAAGUUCGUACAACAUGUUCCGGAAAACCUUAAAAAAGGACCCCGAGCUCUUCCAGAACGUGGCGGACGGGCUGCGGCAGCUCUACCGGACCAAACUGUUCCCGCUGGAGGACACGUAUCGAUUCCACGACUUCCACUCCCCGGCCCUGGAAGAUGCCGACUUCGACAACAAGCCCAUGGUGCUGCUGGUGGGCCAGUACUCCACCGGGAAAACCACCUUCAUCCGACACCUCAUGGAGCAGGACUUCCCCGGGAUGCGGAUCGGGCCCGAGCCGACCACGGACUCUUUCAUCGCGGUGAUGCACGGCGAUCAGGAAGGGCAGAUCCCCGGCAACGCGCUGGUUGUCGACCCGAAGAAGCCCUUCCGUAAACUCAACGCCUUUGGAAACGCCUUUCUUAACAGGUUCAUGUGUGCCCAGUUGCCCAACCCGGUCCUGGAGAGCAUCAGCAUCAUCGACACGCCUGGAAUCCUGUCGGGAGAGAAACAGAGGAUCAGUCGAGGGUACGACUUUGCCGCCGUGUUGGAGUGGUUUGCCGAGCGCGUGGACCGCAUCAUCCUCCUGUUCGAUGCCCACAAGCUGGACAUCUCGGAUGAGUUCUCAGAGGUGAUCCGCGCACUCAAGAACCACGAGGACAAGAUGAGAGUGGUCCUGAACAAGGCCGACCAGAUCAGCACCCAGCAGCUGAUGAGGGUCUACGGAGCGCUGAUGUGGUCUUUGGGGAAAAUCAUCAACACACCCGAGGUGGUGCGCGUCUACAUCGGGUCGUUCUGGGCGCAGCCCCUGCUGGUGCCCGACAACAGGAAGUUGUUUGAGGCGGAGGAGCAAGAUCUCUUCUUAGACAUCCAGUCCUUGCCUCGCAACGCCGCGCUACGAAAACUCAACGACCUCAUCAAGCGAGCGCGCCUCGCAAAGGUGCACGCUUACAUCAUCUGUUCGCUGAAGAAGGAGAUGCCCAGCGUGUUUGGGAAGGAGUCCAAGAAGAAAGAACUGAUCGCCAACCUGGGGGAGAUCUACGUGAAGGUGGAGAAGGAGCACCAGAUCUCGCCCGGAGACUUCCCCAACCUGGCCAAGAUGCAGGAGCUGCUCAACGCCCAGGACUUCUCCAAGUUCGCCUCCAUGAAACCCAGGCUGCUGGAGGCCGUGGAGGACAUGCUGGCCAACGACAUCGCCCGCCUCAUGGCCCUGGUGCGGCAGGAGGAGGCAGCGCUGCCCUGCAACGCGGUCAAGGGCGGCGCCUUCGAGGGCACCAUGAGCGGGCCCUUCGGCCACGGCUACGGCGAAGGCGCCAGCGAGGGCAUAGACGACCUGGACUGGGUGGUGAACCGCGACAAGCCCUCGUACGACGAGAUCUUCUACACGCUGUCGCCCAUCAACGGCAAGGUGUCGGGCGCCGCCGCCAAGAAGGAGAUGCUCAAGUCCAAACUCCCCAACACGGUGCUGGGAAAGAUCUGGAAGCUGGCCGACGUGGACAGAGACGGCCUCCUCGACAACGAAGAGUUCGCCCUGGCCAACCACCUGAUCAAAGUCAAGCUCGAGGGCCACGAGCUGCCCGCCACGCUUCCCCACCACCUGGUGCCCCCGUCCAAGCGAGAGACCACGCUGCAGGCGUAGACCGGAUGGCCUCGCUUCAGGAGAGACAGUGAGGAGGAGUUGGGAAUGGGGAGAAAUCUUCUCUGAUCUAACCUGGGGAGGGGCGGUGCUUGGAAUGAUUCCACCCCCCCCCCCCCCCCCCUUCCCAGAUGAGAGGACAUUGAGAGGCUGCGUAGCAUGAUGAAGCUGACACGAGCCGGGUCAAAGGUCAGAUACUAUACAGUCCACUUGUAGAGUCCACAUAGUUUGUUGAUCCAAAGAAUCCAAAGUAAUCGACUUUGCAUUUGCAAUAAAUCAUCUUGUUCAUCUCUAUUUUUCUAUUUCCUUUCUAUUGACUUUCUCUCCUAACGCUUCCCCUUUGGCACGUCAAUAAAAAGCACCAUGUGGCA